AUGGCAAGAGCAAUGGGAUAGAGGAGACAAUGCUAUUUUUUAUUAUAGUAUCCAAAAAAAGUUGGAAAAUUAAGAAAAGAAGAAGAUAUUAUAUGUAGAAUAAGAAUUAGACCUAUGGGAUUAAAUAAUACUCUUCAAAUAAUUAAUAAAUAUAAUAAUGGUUGUUGUAAUUAUUGUGAAAAAGUAUGUUCAUGAAAAAGAGGUGUUAAUUASAMAUUUAGAUAGGGAUAAAAUUAAAUUAGAYAUAUGAGAAUUGUUUCAGAGGUCAUCUGGGGAAAUGGUUCUUAGCAAUAUUUAGUUUUUGAAGAAGAAACGGGUAUUAUGGGGAGAUUGUAGCAGUAAAAGCUCCAGUUUGGAAAGUGGCAGUAAUGCACCGGAAAGUUGUUUGCCAACCGCCAUAAAAAAGGAAAGAAGAAGAAAAGUUCCUCUGAGAGCUUCUGAUCCAACAAGAGCAGCUGUUUCAUGUAAUGUGCUGAUUUAUGAACUAACAGUAUUUUAAAGUCUAUUCUCUGAGCUACAAGUGGAAGGACUUUAGAAAGUUUGGCCAACAAGGUUUCCUGCAAUGUAGCAACUAAUUAAACCACUUUUUUUAUUUGUCAAAUACUUUGAGGACGUUUAAGGUGUAGAGAUAAACUCCAAAGCUUCAUCUAUGCAGUCAGUUAUUAAAGAAUGAGCAUAUGCUUUCAGAGCCGUAUCUUAUUAGAAAUAUUUUUCCAUGUACAUUUGCACACAUGAAACUGCACUGUGAGUGAAUUGUCUGUUCAUUUUCACGACGACCUGCUCUGAGAGUAGUUUGGCAAAUAAUUUAGUUUGUCUUACCAAAAGAAGUGAGCAAACUAUCACUGCUUUCUAUAUUUUCUAUAUAUAUCUGUCAAAAGUUUGAGCAGAGAAAGAAACAGAAAGCAAGAAUUCUUUGAAUAAAAUAGUUUCCUUUUUAUAUAAGGGGUUAAAAAAUGAAGCUUUGGGUGUUAUUACAGUACAACAUUCAUUUAGUGAACUUAGGGUAAUAGUUUUCAGAGACAGUCAGCUCUUCUGGCUCCCAAACGGUUCUGAAUUUAUUACCAUCUGCAGCCCCAGAUAUUAGCUUAACUUGGCAAAUAGGAAUGUUUUGUAUUUCAAAUCCUUGCAUUCAUUGUUUCCUAUUGGAUAAGCCUAAUACUUGCUAAACUUUAUGUAUUUCUUCUGUUACAAAAGCAGGAAAUUGUACUUUUGUAUAUAUUUAAUGAAACUGUUCAUUUUUUUUGUCACAAAAAGCAAAUAAAUAAAAGACUACAAGCAAGUCUACUGAACAGAUCAAUAGCAAAUCGUUAUUGUACUAUAAACAUCAAUUACAUUUAUUGGUUUUAGCAACACAUUUUCACAUAAAGGUGUCAUCCCAUAUCCUCACAUGUGAUUGUCUGCCAUGCUAAUUAAAACUUUUGAGGCAACGGGUUUGCAUAUAUUUUUUUAAGAAAAGAGAACUAAUGAGGUUUCACAGCAGAGCUAGGUGGACGAUCAUUACAUCUUACUGAAAACUAAGUGAACUUAGGACGUAUAGCCUGCAUUUUGAAGUUUUGAAAAUGUCUGUCUCCACGUCCAGAUGAAGGAUUGAUCAAAACUCUGGGAUGUUGUUGCAGAACCUAUCUGUGCUUUAAACAGAACCACCAGGUUCUCCCUGACCUCCUGCUGGGUUCCCUGGUCUCCAUGGUGACGYCUAUUCUCUAAAAACGUCUGAGACCAGAACAGCUUCUUUUGUACUCAUGUUAAGUAGAAAACAGCUAGACUCAAAAUCCCAACAGCGUGCACACCACACUUUUCAGACUUUUAUUUAUGAAAGAUUUGAAAACCAAGUAUUCCUGUCCUAACACUUCAUACCUUAGUAGUCAUAUAAAAUAUCGAUAAAAUGCAUUGAUAUUUUAUGUGACUGUAGUUGUAAUACUUAGAAAGUGAGUAUAAAUGAGAUGAUUGCGUUCUGCUUCCCGGUGUGAUGUUUGUUCCAAAAUGAUGCACAUGUUCAUGAGCGGCAGACACASAGACCGUGUGUUUGGGUCAAACCUGUGAGAGAUUGACYCAAACAGCUGUGGUUCAAAUCCAAAGCCUUAGUACAGCAAGGCAGCAGUCAUUACAACUGGGAUGUCAUGAUGUGUGAUUUUAAAUCAGACCCAAAUGUAGCAGGCGGAUUUGAGUUGAGUAGAUUUUGGUAUUUAAUGAAAAAAUUAUGAACAAACAAACUUACAAAAACACAGAGCCAAAGAAAAACAUGAAUCCAAAGUAAAAGAAUGGCAAGAAGAGAGAGGGGGAUAAGGAGAACACACUUCCUUAAGGAAGAGUUACCACUGAGGUAAAACACUCAAUAACUGGCAGCCAGCUCUUCAUAUGGUCCUGCAGUCCAACUGGAAACCUAAAGCUAAAAGAAACGGAGAAAUCAGCUACACAAACAUUCCAGAUUCCUGACAAAUUCUACCAAAUACUGAGGAAAUAGAUGGGACCUCUCUUAUUAUUCUGAAAUGUAAUAAACUGUAAUAAUUUUGGUAAUUGACAUAAAGCAGAGAACAUGUGGUCUGAUUUAAUGUCAAACAGCAGGAAUAUUGACUUAUAUUCAUUUAUACAUUCAUUUGUUUAUUCAUARCYUAACCCUGACUCUUACCUUUAUGCAGUGUAUGUAAAUAUCUAGUGUCAAGUGUUCUACAACAAGUCGUUUCAAAACCCUGUUUUAACUCCACAUAUUUCUCAACUUUCUUCCCUCUCCUUCAGGAUGAUUGACAGGUGACACGUUUGAUCCCAAGAAUGUAUGUGGUGGCAGUGGGCGGGACAUCCUCCUCCCACCCAGUAGUACCCAUCUCUGUCACCUGCUCUUGGCUGUUAUUGUUCUUCAAUUCUGCCUUUGGUCAAAAACCUGCAAAGCUUCCCUUGAUUAGUCGGAAGCCCUUUAUCGCUGCCUGGAACGCUCCGUUAGAUAUGUGUACCAUCAAGUACAAUAUUACAACCAACCUUGAGCAUCUUUUUCACAUACAAGGAAGCCCACGUGCUACUUGGACAGGGCAAAACGUAACGAUCUUUUAUGCAAACCGGCUUGGCYACUACCCCUACUACACGCCACAAGGCAAAGCCAUUCAUGGAGGUCUGCCUCAAAACUGCAGCCUGGACAUGCAUCUGCUCAAAGCUUAUCAGCACAUUGUUCACUUCAUUCCUUCAGAGGAUUUCCGUGGCCUGGCUGUCAUUGACUGGGAGUUCUGGCGACCUCAGUGGGACCGUAACUGGCACAAAAAGAACAUUUACAGACAAAAGUCGAAAGAGCUGACCAAGAAGGCGUAUGUUAAUGUGACUGCAGCUCAGGUGGAGGUGCUGGCUCAGAGGCGAUUUGAGAAAAGUGCUAAAACAUUCAUGCAAAGGACAAUACAGUUGGGAACACGGCUACGGCCCAAUGCCCUCUGGGGUUUCUACCUCUACCCAGACUGUCAUAACUACAACUUGCACGACCAGAACUACACGGGCCUGUGUCCCCUGCCGGAGAUGAUGAGGAACAACGAGCUGUUGUGGCUGUGGAACAGCAGUACAGCGUUGUUUCCCUCUGUGGCAAUCAGAAAGAGUCACACCAACAGCAUCAGUAACUGGCACUUUGCCCACAACAGAAUCCAAGAGUCUCUCCGGAUUGCCUCACUUACCUCAAGGGAGUAUGAGCUUCCCACCUACGUCUACCUCAGACUAGGCUACCGAGAUGAUGCGCUGGCUUUUCUCACCACAAAAGACUUGAUUCAUACUAUUGGGGAAAGUGCUGCUCUGGGAGCUGCAGGGUUCAUCAUCUGGGGAGACCUUAACUUGACCUCAUCCAGGCAUAACUGCACUUUGGUGAAGUCCUUCUUGACUCGUCGCCUUGGUCAGUACAUCACCAAUGUGACCCGUGCUGCUGAAGUCUGCAGUGAAUUCCUGUGCAAAGGGAACGGCCGGUGUGUCCGCCAAGACCCCCUGGCCCACCACUACCUCCAUCUGAGCUCUGAGAAUUACCAAAUCCACCCCUUAGGGAACGGGACCUUUACCGUCAGUGGAUGGCCGUCACAGAAUGACCUGCAGCAGCUCACUGACAGAUUUCGCUGCCACUGCUAUGAAGGCCAUGAAGGACACAGAUGUGACAGUUUAAACAAAGUGAAGGAGGAUGAUGAGUUGAAGAGGGAAGAGAAGAACGAACAAGAACGAAAGAGGACUGAGUGGGAGGAUGAACAGGGUGGGCUGUGGGAGAACAGGGACAGUUCUGCCCUGCCAGUUGGUUGCUCUCAUUACCAGAUACUGUUAUUGCUACAUUUGAACUUACUGCUCAUACAGAUGGUUGUAUAGUUCUAUAAAAAUUUCACCCGAAAUACAGUUUGGAUAGAUAAUUUUACACAUAAUUUCUAUUCUGUUUUAUACAAAGAUGGGUAAACAUGAAUUUAUUAGCACAAAUAUACAACAAAAGGAUUUUGUCUUAUUUCACUUGUCCAAAAAAAAGCCUCUGAUACCUCCAUCAAUUCUGAUUAGAGGUAUCAGACUCAACAGAUGCAGCCAGGCCAGCAGUCACAAGUCACAUCAUUAAAGUGWGAACGAUUGUAAAACCAUCAAGGGAGACGAGUCAAGGCUGCAGAGCAGGUGAUAGAGAGAAGCUACCAUCUUCUCUGCUUCUCGUUGGUUUUCCUGUUCASUCRUCUCUCAGACCAGCCGUCUUCCUUCUGCUUGAGACGUAGAUUAACCACCGAGUUUGUUCCUCAGUGUCGGGAUAUCAUAUUGUUUAGCUGCUAUUCAAUUUCUGUAAUUUAGAGCUUAGACUGGCUGUAUUGGACUGUAUAUACUGUACCACACCACUGAGCCUGUUUGGAUGUUUUAUCCCUGGGACAAUAUUUCACUCCUUUUUUUACCCUCAGUGGAUUAAGUUGAAUGCUGUCCUUUGGAUGCCUUAACAUCCGUCCAGUAAAGGUAUUGUAAUGAAUAUAAUAAUUAUGUGUCUUUCCACUAUCUCUUUUAUCUGCUCACAUCCACAGUGCUGCAUGCUUACAUAAUGUUAAGGAAGAAUUUUUAUAUUACAAUUAAAUUUAGCAAAUCUCUG